GUAAAUGCGCACAUGCGCAGUGUUGCCCCUCAAAUAGUCCUUUUUAUGCCUAGCGUGGAACGACUAGCAUCGAACGAGCUGAUGUUGCAUAGCGUCAAGAUGCAGCUCUUUUUGCGUGCCCAGAACACUCACACCCUUGAGGUGACCGGACAGGAGACUGUUGGCCAGAUCAAGGCCCAUGUCCAGGCUCUAGAAGGACUCCUGGUCGAGGAUCAGGUGCUGCUGCUUGCUGGGUGCCCACUGGAGGAUGAUUCCUCCUUGGCAUCUUGUGGUGUGUCAGAGCACUGCACCCUCGAAGUAGCUGGCAGGUUGCUGGGAGGUAAGGUGCAUGGCUCCCUGGCCCGUGCCGGCAAAGUGAGAGGACAGACCCCCAAGGUGGACAAGCAAGAGAAGAAGAAGAAGAAGACUGGCCGCGCCAAGCGUCGCAUUCAGUACAACAGGCGCUUUGUCAAUGUUGUGCCCACCUUCGGAAAGAAGAAGGGACCCAACGCCAACUCUUAAGUGCGUCAGUACCUACAAAGAUCAGCAGCACCGCCUGUCGGCUUUUUUUUUUUUUUUUUUGCCAAGUUAAAUGUUGUCCUGUACAGAAUAAAGAUCAAUUGACUUGGAUUUAUUGUCAUGUCAGUCAAUGCAAGUCUGGACUUUUUGAAAACUGGCUGAUUGCACCAAGUAGUUAAUAGGUUUUUUACUAAAACAGACAACCGU